UUCUACUGGGACAGACUCCUUUCAGUUUCAUCUAUCCUCCUAUCUAUAAAAGGGGAUAGAAAAUUCUAACUCUGCACACAGCAUUGACAGGGACAACAGCAACUAGCCUUCUUUCAAAGGUGCAGAGUCAAAACUACAAUGGCAUCGAGAUACGGUAAUCUUGACACAAUUCAAUGCAGCGGUGCCUCGGAAACAACUGGUAGACAGGAUAGAGAGAAUUAUUCUGGUGUCUUUGCUUCAGAGAGGCUGGCAAAAACGGAUCUGGAAAGAAUGAAGAGACACAAGCCGAAGAUACAGUCGGCGUCCAGUAGAACUGGGAUACCAGCACCUAUCAUCGCUGGAAUCGUAUCUCGUGAGUCACGUGCUGGCAACGCUCUAGAUGGAAAUGGAUAUGGUGACCAUGGAAAUGCAUUUGGCCUCAUGCAGAUUGAUAGAAGGUGGCAUACACCUCGUGGAGCUUUUGAUAGCGAAGAACACAUUCUACAGGGUACAGAGAUCCUAUGUUCCAUGUUUAAUGUGAUACAGCAGAAAUUUCCACAGUGGACAGCAAACCAACACAUGCAAGGUGCUCUUGCAGCCUACAAUAUGGGACCUGAUAGCGUAACCAGUUUUAAUACUGUCGACAGCCGCACAACAGACGGGGACUACUCAAACGAUGUCCUUGCUAGAGCAAAGUAUUAUAAGAGAAGCGGAUUCUAAGAAAUAAUAGAUGGAAAAUCACUGGGGGAUUUAUCAUAGACCAGUGAUCUUUACUUUACUUUUUACUUUUCUCCUUUAUUCAUUAUAUUGUGAAACAGCUGGUAAUAAGGGAAUUAUAGCAAAUGGUAGAUUACUGAUGAAAAUAAAGCUGAACAGCAAUUAUUGGGCACAACAA